AUGAGCAAACAAGAAGUGGAGCAAUCUGCGCAAGCAAUGGAAAACCUUGACCUCAAGAGUGCUACUGGCAAGAAGGAACAAGUUGUUACACCGUGGGACGUGGAAGGUGCGGUUAAUGAAGAAGGUGUUGCGCAGAUCAUUGAUUAUGAAAAGUUGCUACAACAAUUUGGUACUAAACCAAUCACUCCUGAAACAUUGGAAAGAUUUGAAAAAGUGACCGGCCAAAGGCCCCAUCAUUUCCUGCGUAAAGGUCUCUUUUACAGUGAACGUGACAUCCACAAGAUUCUUGAUCUAUAUGAACAAGGUAAGCCUUUUUUCAUAUAUACUGGUAGGGGCCCCUCUAGUGACUCUGUUCAUUUAGGUCAUAUGAUUCCAUUUCUAUUUUCCAAAUGGUUGCAAGAUGUUUUUGAUGUCCCACUAGUUAUUGAAUUAACCGAUGAUGAGAAAUUCUUAUUCAAGCAGAAAUUGACAAUUCAAGAUGUCAAAAAGUUUGCAGCUGAAAACGCAAAAGAUAUCAUCGCAGUUGGUUUCAAUCCGGAAAAUACCUUUAUCUUCUCCGAUCUUGAGUAUAUGGGUAAGGGGUUUUAUGAGACUGUUGUACGUGUGUCCAGACAAAUUACAGGUUCUACAGCUAAAGCAGUAUUCGGCUUCACGGAUUCCGAUUGCAUUGGUAAGAUCCAUUUUGCUUCUAUCCAGAUUGCUUCUGCAUUUCCAAGCUCAUUCCCUGAUGUACUAGGUUUACCAGAGAAGACACCAUGUUUAAUUCCAUGCGCCAUUGAUCAAGAUCCAUAUUUCAGAGUUUGCAGAGAUGUUGCAGAUAAAUUGAAAUACUCGAAGCCUUCUUUGAUACAUGCUAAAUUUUUCCCCGCUCUACAGGGCUCGACAACAAAGAUGUCAGCAUCCGAUGAGUUCAGUUCUAUUUUUAUGACUGACACACCAAAACAAAUUCAGAAAAAGAUUAAUAAGUAUGCUUUCAGUGGUGGACAAGUAUCUAUUGAACUUCAUAGAAAGUUAGGUGGUAAUCCUGAUAUUGAUGUUGCAUACCAAUACCUGUCAUUUUUCAAGGACGAUGAUAAAUUUUUGGAGGAGACAGCUAAUAAUUAUAGAAGUGGUGAUCUAUUAUCAGGUGAAAUGAAAAAACUGUGUGUAGAAACGUUACAGGAAUUUGUGAAAGGAUUCCAAGAUAGAAGAAAAAAUGUUACCGACGAAGUAUUGGAGAAUUUUAUGAAACCACACAAAUUGGUUUGGGGUCAAAAGGAAAGACUCGUCCCAGCAAAGCCAAAAGCUCCAAAGACCAAGAAAUGA